UGGAAGGGUGCAACACUGUCCUGCAGAGGCAUAAUAAAAGAGGAACUUAGUGCACUUGUCAUUUAAUUUGCCUGUUCUUGUGUUUGUGAGCAAAAGACAUUUAGUGCUCAGCUUGAAGUGGAGCUCACUGGCUUUGGUUAUCUCCUCGUUCUGUAGCAAACAUGUUUGGCGGUCAUAUCAUGUUUGGAACGCUUUUAGUUGUUUCUGUCUGCCUUUCUUUGGUCUCCAUGGACACUUGUCCUUCUGCAGGGACCCCAGGUUUGCCGGGUAUCCCUGGACUUCCUGGACGUGAUGGAAGGGAAGGGGUGAAGGGAGAGAGAGGGGAUCCUGGGAUUCCUCUCAAGCCUGCUGAGGCUUUAAAGAAGGGAGAAAAAGGGGAUCCUGGAAUUAAAGGAAGCCCUGGAAAGAGAGGUCGCCCCGGGGAAACUGGCAAAGAAGGGUCACCUGGCCCACUCGGACUGCAAGGAGACCCAGGCAUGUCAGGUGCCACCAAAUCUCACCUGCAAUCUGCAUUCAGUGUCUUCCGGGCCACAAAAAACUGGCCAGAGGCAAACACUGUAAUACGCUUCAGUAAUAUUAUCACCAAUAUCAAUGAUCAUUUCAAUACUGAUGAGAGCAAAUUUGUAUGCAAAAUUCCUGGCACUUAUUAUUUUGUGUAUCAUGCAUCAUCCAUACAGAAAAAUCUGUGUGUAAUCCUGAUGCUUGAUGGGAGGAAAAUAGCUAGUUUCUGUGAUCACAUUUACAACAAGAGUAGCCAGCAGGUACACUCUGGUGGGCUAGCUGUUUACCUGAAAUAUGGUGAGAAAGUUUGGCUACAGACAAACAGCUAUAAUGGCAUGUUUGCAACCGGGGAUAAAGGAGACAGUGUUUUCUCAGGUUUCCUGAUUCAUGCUCACUGACUGAUUGAUUGAUUGAUUGCACUGUUUUACAAUUAACUGUAAAGGUGAACCGUAGAAUACACUUGUUAAACUUACAAUGAACUAUUCAAAGGCUACUGAUCAAAAAAAUUAAAUAAUGCUUCAGUAAACAGUUUGUUGUCUCAA